UUUUACGGUGGCUCCCUUUUCCGGAGGGAGUAAUUGUCUUGUGCAUGCACUUUGUGUAGGGAAGUGUAGAAGUAAUAUUAUUGUCUCCUUAUUGACAGUCUUUCAUUUAUUUUCAAAAUAUAUAUUAAAAACCGUGUUUAAUUAUUCAGGCCGCUUUAUGGCUUGCAAAAUGUUGCAAAUGCUAAACGCUCUUUUGUGAAAUUCGAGCCUGGUUUUGCGGACAGGACACGUUGUGCGUGACAGAGCUACAUGUCUUUUUAAUUUCCAAGUAUUCUAUAAAAGGACACCUCGGAGUUAAAAAUGGGAAUCCUCGAGAAAAUAUCAGACAUCGAAAAAGAAAUUGCACGGACCCAGAAAAACAAAGCAACUGAGUACCAUCUGGGUUUGCUGAAGGCUAAAUUGGCAAAGUACAGAGCCCAGCUGUUAGAACCUUCCAAGUCAGCUGGCGCCAAAGGCGAAGGCUUCGAUGUGAUGAAAUCGGGCGAUGCCAGGGUGGCACUGAUUGGUUUCCCAUCCGUGGGUAAGUCCACCUUCCUCAGCCUUAUGACAUCAACAGCGAGUGAGGCCGCCUCCUAUGAGUUCACGACCUUGACCUGUAUCCCUGGAGUUAUUGAGUAUAAAGGUGCCAACAUCCAGCUGUUGGAUUUACCUGGGAUCAUUGAAGGGGCAGCACAAGGGAAGGGUAGAGGAAGACAAGUUAUUGCUGUUGCCCGAACUGCAGAUGUUGUCAUAAUGAUGCUGGAUGCCACAAAAGGGGAUGUUCAGAGGGGGCUUCUGGAAAAGGAGUUGGAAUCUGUUGGAAUUAGGCUCAACAUGUCGAAGCCUAAUAUAUAUUUCAAGCCCAAGAAGGGUGGAGGCAUCUCCUACAACUCCACAGUCCCCCUUACCCACUGCUCUGAAAAACUAGUGCAGCUUAUUCUUCAUGAAUACAAAAUCUUUAAUGCAGAGGUUUUGUUUAGAGAAGACUGUACUUCAGAUGAGUUCAUCGAUGUAAUUGUGGGAAACAGAGUAUAUAUGCCAUGCUUAUACGUGUACAAUAAAAUUGACCAAAUCUCGAUGGAAGAGGUAGACCGUUUGGCCAAACGACCCAAUAGCGUGGUCAUUAGCUGUGGGAUGAAGCUUAAUCUAGAUUACCUUCUUGAGACACUUUGGGAGUACCUGGCCCUCAUCUGCAUCUACACUAAGAAAAGAGGAGAGAGACCAGAUUUCUCAGAUGCAAUUAUCAUGAGGAGAGGAGCUAGUGUCGAACAUGUGUGCCAUCGGAUUCAUAGAACACUAGCUAGCCAGUUCAAGUACGCACUGGUGUGGGGAACAAGCACAAAGUACAGCCCUCAGAGAGUUGGGCUCACACAUGUCAUGGAACAUGAAGAUGUCAUCCAGAUUGUAAAGAAAUAAAAUAUAACAGCCUGUGUUUUGAGCAAUAACCAUGUGGCCAGAUGCAGCAUAAAGAAUCCUUGAAACAAUUAUCCUUGGGACACUUCAGUGUCAGGAAAUAAAGAUGUGCAUCUAUUUACAGCAUUUAUAGAAAACCUACCUAGCAGGUUCUUAUUUUGUGUAACAGUUAAAGAUCAUAUACAAUCAUGCUCUCCGCAGAACAGGUCCUCCUUAGAUCUUCAGUCAGGUGGUUCCAGUAAUGUUAUCUAUGCUUAUGCAUCAAAUGCAAAUAAAACUCAAAAAGAAUGUCACCAUGAAAAAUGUUCACAUCUUUUUAACUGCAGUUACUGAAUUUUGCAGCUGUUUUUACUGGAUGUAAUGUCUGAUAAUUUACCUGGCAAGACAUCUGGAACAUGGAAGAAUAAAAGAUCAAAUUUCUGCUUUG